GAUGACGCGUGCCCCGCGCUUCCGCGUUGGGAGCCGGCGGCGGAUCCCGGGACGCGGAGACCCGGGGUCCCGGCAGCGGGGCGGCCCCCGGGCCCAGGGUGGGGAUGCAUCGCCGCGGGGUGGGAGCGGGCGCCAUCGCCAAGAAGAAGCUUGCCGAGGCCAAGUAUAAGGAGCGAGGCACUGUCUUGGCGGAAGACCAGCUGGCCCAGAUGUCGAAACAGUUGGACAUGUUCAAGAGCAACCUGGAGGAAUUCGCCAGCAAGCACAAACAGGAGAUCCGGAAGAAUCCCGAGUUCCGGGUGCAGUUCCAGGACAUGUGCGCCACCAUCGGGGUGGACCCACUGGCCUCUGGAAAAGGAUUUUGGUCUGAGAUGCUAGGCGUGGGGGAUUUCUAUUACGAGCUGGGGGUCCAAAUUAUUGAGGUGUGCCUGGCCUUGAAGCACCGGAAUGGAGGCCUGAUAACCCUCGAGGAGCUGCACCAGCAGGUGUUGAAAGGAAGGGGCAAGUUCGCGCAGGACGUCAGCCAAGAUGACCUGAUCAGGGCCAUCAAGAAACUGAAGGCGCUGGGCACUGGCUUCGGCAUCAUCCCCGUGGGCGGCACCUACCUCAUUCAGUCUGUCCCGGCUGAGCUCAACAUGGACCACACCGUGGUGCUGCAGCUGGCUGAGAAAAACGGCUACGUGACUGUCAGUGAUAUCAAAGCCAGUCUUAAAUGGGAGACCGAGCGAGCGCGUCAAGUGCUGGAACACCUGCUGAAGGAAGGGCUGGCCUGGCUGGACCUACAGGCCCCAGGGGAGGCCCGCUACUGGCUGCCGGCUCUCUUCACUGACCUCUACGCCCAGGAGAUUACAGCCGAGGAGGCCAGAGAAGCCCUCCCCUGACUCUGGCAGUGUGGAAGGAGCCCCAGCAACAGGCAGGAAGAGGAGGGCAGAGCUGCUGGUGUGAAUAAAGCCUGAAUAACUUUUUUUUUUUAAAGAAAAGA